UAGCGCCUCAUGCGCACCCGUUUCGCCCGGGCAGUCGCCGCAGCUCCCCGGGGCUGAGACGUCCGCUUCGUCACUGGAACUCCCGGUGACCGAGGCAAGAACCCAGCUGGUCGUGCACUGAGGCCAGUCGCCCCUGCUGAGUGGAAACAAAAUGUCAGUCAGUGUGCAUGAGAAUCGCAAAUCCAGGGCCAGCAGUGGCUCCAUUAACAUCUAUCUGUUUCACAAGUCUUCCUAUGCUGACAGUGUCCUCACUCACUUGAACCUUCUACGCCAGCAGCGCCUCUUCACCGAUGUCCUUCUCCAUGCCGGAAAUAGGACCUUCCCUUGUCACCGGGCAGUGCUGGCUGCAUGCAGCCGCUACUUCGAAGCCAUGUUCAGUGGUGGUCUGAAAGAGAGCCAGGACAGCGAAGUCAACUUUGACAACUCCAUCCACCCAGAAGUCUUGGAGCUGCUUCUCGACUACGCAUACUCCUCCCGAGUCAUCAUCAAUGAAGAAAACGCAGAAUCGCUCCUGGAAGCAGGCGACAUGCUAGAGUUCCAAGACAUCCGGGAUGCGUGUGCAGAGUUCCUGGAAAAGAACCUGCAUCCCACCAACUGCCUGGGCAUGCUGCUGCUGUCUGAUGCGCACCAGUGUACCAAGCUGUACGAACUCUCCUGGAGAAUGUGUCUCAGCAAUUUCCAAACCAUUAGGAAGAACGAAGAUUUCCUCCAGCUGCCCCAGGACAUGGUAGUGCAACUCUUGUCCAGUGAAGAGCUGGAGACAGAAGAUGAAAGGCUCGUGUAUGAGUCUGCAAUUAACUGGAUCAGCUACGACCUGAAGAAGCGCUACUGCUACCUUCCAGAGCUAUUGCAGACAGUGAGGCUGGCUCUCCUGCCAGCCAUCUAUCUCAUGGAGAACGUGGCCAUGGAGGAACUCAUUACCAAGCAGAGAAAGAGCAAGGAGAUUGUGGAAGAGGCCAUCAGAUGCAAACUGAAAAUCCUGCAGAACGAUGGCGUGGUAACCAGCCUCUGUGCCCGACCUCGGAAAACUGGCCAUGCCCUCUUCCUCUUGGGAGGGCAGACUUUCAUGUGUGACAAGCUGUAUCUGGUAGACCAGAAGGCCAAAGAAAUCAUUCCCAAGGCUGACAUCCCCAGCCCAAGAAAAGAGUUCAGUGCAUGUGCUAUUGGCUGCAAAGUAUACAUUACGGGAGGGCGGGGGUCUGAAAAUGGAGUCUCGAAAGAUGUCUGGGUUUAUGAUACCCUGCAUGAGGAGUGGUCCAAAGCUGCCCCUAUGCUAGUGGCCAGAUUUGGCCAUGGCUCUGCUGAACUGAAGCACUGCCUGUAUGUUGUCGGGGGGCACACGGCCGCAACUGGCUGCCUCCCAGCCUCCCCCUCAGUCUCUCUAAAGCAGGUAGAACACUAUGACCCUACAACCAACAAAUGGACCAUGGUGGCCCCACUCCGAGAAGGUGUCAGCAAUGCGGCAGUAGUGAGUGCCAAACUUAAGCUGUUUGCUUUCGGAGGUACCAGCGUCAGUCAUGACAAGCUCCCCAAGGUUCAGUGUUACGAUCAGUGUGAAAACAGGUGGACAGUACCAGCCACCUGUCCCCAGCCCUGGCGUUACACAGCAGCAGCUGUGCUGGGUAACCAGAUUUUUAUUAUGGGGGGAGAUACAGAGUUCUCCGCCUGCUCUGCUUAUAAAUUCAACAGUGAGACUUACCAGUGGACCAAGGUGGGAGACGUGACAGCAAAACGCAUGAGUUGUCACGCUGUGGCCUCCGGAAACAAACUGUACGUGGUUGGAGGAUACUUUGGCAUUCAGCGAUGCAAAACUUUGGAUUGCUACGAUCCAACAUUAGAUGUGUGGAACAGCAUAACCACAGUCCCAUACUCGCUGAUUCCUACUGCAUUUGUCAGCACCUGGAAACAUCUGCCUUCUUAAACGCAGUACAUCCUAAAGAAAGUGAGCAUGAGCUCACUUCCUUUGAUGAGACAAAGAUCCAGUUUCUACCUUGGAGAAGUUAAUGAAGAGAAAAAAGGAAAAAGGAAGAGAAGUCGUUCUGAGACUCAGAUUGUACAAUCGGCUGCACCUUGUAAAUGCUCUAACUGGACAUGAAGGAAGGGGUGGGGGAGGGGUGGGAUUUUCAGUGCAAGCAGCACAUGGUUUAAAUAUGAGUGAAUGGACCUGUGAUCUCGUCCUUGUCUUGUAAUUGUGGAUUAAUGUCAGCGUUAAUCAGCCCUUCAAAGGGAGAGAAAAGCCGGGCCUUUUCCCUUGCUGUACCAUAGUCAGCAUUUGAUUUCCAUGGGCUCCACCAUUUAUGUGUAAAAUUUGAAAUGGUUGUCACCUCUCUCCGAGGAGCAAGCUUGAAGCCUCCACACCAGCUGUUGUUGGAGAUUGAAAGCCCAACUGUGGGGCCAGGAGGGAAGCUGGCGGUGCUGGCUACAGAGUGAGGACCACUGGACUCUUCGCUAAUCUCUGAGGGAUUGUGCUCCCCAGAAAGGUUUCUGAACAAUGGGGACAUUGUUGGGAGCUGUUUGGUAGAUGUUCUUUUCUAUUUCUAUUUAUAAGACUUUAAACUUUCCCUUGGCUGUUAAGGAAUUUGUUAUAGAUUUAGCUAUUUAUUGUUUGAUACCUGCAUGCUGAAACAAUGCUUACAGUUGUCUUCACAUGUAUGGACGUGUGUGAGUGGUUGUACGUUUUGCACAAUUCUGUGGCUGUUGUGAUGUGCUUUGCUGCACAUAAACGGAAACUUAGGAGUUACAAUUUGGAAUAUAACUGGAGGGUGGGUUGGGAAGGGGAGGGAUUUUGUAAAUGUCAAGACAGGGACUGAUUACAAAACAGAAACUUAAAGUACAUCUUAGAGGUAGAGAAAGCAUGGAGAUCACUUUUCUUGGACUCACCAACUUUUAAUGAGGUUUCGUGGGCUCUGGGCAUGCUGGUGGCUCAUGGGGUGAGGGAAGGCUUCUUUCCGCCUCUCUCCUUCCUAUCUUAUUCACCUCCUUCAGUCUCAGCUACUGAAAUUUAGAAAGGACCAAAUAGCUUUGCCAUUUUUUUUCUUUGUGUAGUAUCCUGAAAUCCUGGAAAAUUCUAUGGAAUACUUCUGUAUAUAGGGCACAGGUAAAGGCAUAGUCCAAAGUUUAUUUAUUUAUCUAUUUAUUACCCUGUGAGAAUGCUUUGCCAUAACUACAGUUAAUAGGAAAGAAAACUGAAUUAUCACAGUCAAUUCAUUCAGAUUCAUUGUUCUCUGUUCUUGCUGUACAAUUUAGCAAGUGCAACAAGUUCUCCAAAACAAUAUUAGCAUUAGUACAAUGUAUACUUUAGUGCUCGCUCUUAGGUAAGUCUCCAAAAGAACUCUUUGGUGCAUAAAAGUGACACAUUUGGCCACAAAACACCAAAGAAUCGUAAGCAGUGGCCCACGUUGAGGUUUCCCGGGAUAGUGGGGAAUCGAUUGUGAAUACUUUCUUUGCUAGUUUGCGUGCUUGUUUACUAAACAUGUGCUGUGAUAGGUGUUAGUGCUAGACUCAAAUAGGUGCUUUCUCAGAGAUGUCUGAGGAAGAACAGAGUUUGCAGCUCUCACACUGCUUUCAUUGAUGUUUCUCACAUUACUUUAGAAAAUAAGGUUUAAGACUGGUAACAACUUUUGCAUUGUGAAUGUGCUUGCAUUGUCUAAUGACAGAUAAAUCCUUAACAUUACUUUCCACCUGAAAACUUUAGACUAAUUGUACAUGUCCGUGCCAUGAAUUAGUUGAGCCGUUGGAAUAAAAGAAUCACAGUACUUUCUAGCAGUCUUUUGCUCAUAGAUGUGUUCUAAGCAAUGCAAAUUGUACCCUGGCAGCAUAGUUGGGUGUCAUUAUAGUGUAGCAGUUUCAGCUCUGUAGUUUAUGAUGCAAAUCGGCCGAGAUGUGUCACUGCAUGGCUUCUGAAAGCAGGAUGAAUUUUCUGCAGCUGUUUCAGAGUUACGGUCUGUCCUUGAAUCCUCUAUUAAUUACUGUGUGUGAGCCAGAGGGAGCCGUGGUCAGAGUGGGCCCCCAGCCUGCAGGGAACUUUCUGGACUCCCGCUCUUUGAAUUGAUGUAGGCAUUUGGACUCACUACUUGACCAUUCUCACCCUGUGAAACGUCCCACACUUUGAAGCAAAUACAAUUCACAGCACAGUGCACACAAAAACCUUGGCAUAAGACAGAGAAGGUUCUUCUUAUUCUGUGGACUGGUUGCUGUGGAAACAGAUAACAAAGGGCAGCCUUCCACUUCUGGUAUAAUUGUGUAGCCCCCUUUUCUCUGGGCUUGACACCUGUCUGAAUAAGAGUGAUUAGAGCUGAAUAAUAUCCCUCUCUUAGCUAUUGAAUAUGUGGUUCACGUACAAAACUGUGUAAGCUGAAGAAGUGUUCAUGUUCAUAUGUGCUUGUUUCCUACUACUACAUUUUUGAGGUUUUGUAAAACUUUUUUUUUUUCACAAUGUGAAACUGAAGGUCAAAUAAAUUAUUAGAGAUUUUCUCUUCA